AUGGGGGACGCAGAGAUGUCUGUGUUUGGCCUGGCCGCCUCGUACCUGAGGAAGUCGGACAAGGAGCGUAUGGAGGCCUCCACGCGUACCUUUGACAUAAAGAAGGAAUGCUUCGUCCCGGAUGCGGUGGAAGAGUUCGUGAAGGCGACCGUAAGCAGCCGAGAUGGAGAUAAGGUCACUGUAGAGACGCAGCGUGGGAAGACUGUGGUGGUCAAAGAGUCCCAGAUUCUGCAACAGAAUCCUCCAAAGUUUGACAAGCUCGAGGACAUGGCCAUGUUGACCUUCCUCCAUGAACCAGCCGUGCUGUUUAACCUCAAAGAGCGUUACGCAGCGUGGAUGAUCUACACCUACUCUGGGCUCUUCUGUGUGACUGUCAACCCCUACAAGGCGCUGCCAGUCUACAACCAAGAGGUGGUUGUUGCCUAUAGAGGAAAGAAGAGGGCCGAAGCUCCUCCUCAUAUCUUCUCCAUCUCUGAUAAUGCCUACCAGUACAUGCUGACAGACCGUGAAAACCAGUCUAUUUUGAUCACCGGAGAAUCUGGUGCAGGAAAGACUGUCAACACAAAGCGAGUCAUCCAGUAUUUUGCAAGUAUUGCAGCUGGAGGAAUAAAGAAAGACCCCAAUGCCAAAGACAAGGUAAAUAACAGCCCGGUCGCGCACCAGUUCGGUACCCUGGAGGAUCAAAUCAUCCAGGCUAACCCUGCUUUGGAGGCCUUUGGCAACGCCAAGACCAUCAGGAAUGACAACUCCUCCAGAUUUGGUAAAUUCAUCCGGAUUCAUUUUGACACCAGGGGAAAGUUAGCCUCGGCUGAUAUUGAAACAUACCUUCUGGAGAAGUCUCGUGUGACUUUUCAGCUCAAGGCUGAGAGAGAUUACCACAUUUUCUACCAGAUUCUGUCCAACAAGAAGCCUGAACUCCUGGAGAUGCUGCUGAUCACAAACAAUCCCUAUGACUACGCCUUCAUCUCUCAGGGGGAAACCACAGUGGCCUCCAUCGAUGAUUCAGACGAACUGAUGGCAACAGAUAGUGCCUUCGACGUGCUGGGCUUCACUCAAGAGGAAAAGAACUCUAUUUACAAGCUGACUGGUGCCAUCAUGCAUCACGGCAACAUGAAGUUCAAGUUGAGGCAGCGUGAAGAGCAGGCGGAGGCUGAUGGCACUGAGGAUGCUGACAAAGUCGCAUAUCUGAUGGGCCUGAACUCUGCCGACCUCAUCAAAGGUCUCCUUCACCCGAGAGUCAGAGUAGGAAACGAGUGGGUCACCAAGGGACAAAAUGUCGCUCAAGUGACCUAUGCGGUCGGAGCUCUAUCCAAGGCUGUUUAUGAAAAGAUGUUCCUGUGGAUGGUGAUAAGAAUCAACCAGUCACUGGAGACCAGACAGCCUCGCCAGUACUUCAUUGGUGUACUGGACAUCGCUGGAUUUGAGAUCUUUGAUUUCAACACCUUUGAGCAGCUGUGCAUCAACUUCACCAAUGAAAAACUGCAACAGUUUUUCAACCACCACAUGUUUGUGCUGGAGCAGGAAGAGUACAAGAAAGAGGGCAUUGAAUGGACUUUCAUAGACUUUGGUAUGGACUUGCAGGCCUGCAUUGACCUGAUUGAAAAGCCCAUGGGUAUCAUGUCCAUCCUCGAAGAGGAGUGCAUGUUCCCCAAAGCUUCUGAUUCCACCUUCAAAACAAAGCUCUAUGACAACCAUCUGGGGAAAUCUGCCAACUUCCAGAAGCCCAGAAUUGUCAAAGGAAAACCAGAGGCCCAUUUUGCCCUGAUGCAUUAUGCUGGAACUGUUGAUUAUAAUAUCGUCAACUGGCUGGUGAAGAACAAGGAUCCCCUGAAUGAGACCGUCGUAGCACUCUACCAGAAGUCGAAUCUCAAGGUGUUAUCUACCCUCUUUGCAAAUUAUGCAGGAGCUGAUUCAGCUACGGGUGAGGGUGAAGCCAAAAAAGAGAAGAAGAAGAAGGGAUCAUCGUUUCAGACUGUGUCCGCUCUUCACAGGGAGAACCUGAACAAGCUGAUGACCAACUUGAGGUCUACUCACCCUCACUUUGUACGCUGCAUCAUCCCCAAUGAGACCAAGACUCCCGGGGCCAUGGAGAACCCUCUGGUGAUGCACCAGCUGCGCUGUAACGGUGUGCUGGAAGGCAUCAGGAUCUGCAGAAAGGGCUUCCCCAACAGAAUCCUCUAUGGAGAUUUCAAACAGAGAUAUCGCAUCCUGAAUCCCGCUGCCAUCCCUGACGGCCAGUUCAUUGACAGCAGGAAGGGAGCUGAGAAACUUCUUGGGGGUCUGGAUAUUGAUCACAACCAAUACCGGUUUGGACACACCAAGGUGUUCUUCAAGGCUGGUUUGCUGGGUCUGCUUGAAGAGCUGAGAGACGAGCGUCUCUCCAAAAUCAUCACUGGUAUUCAAGCCAGAUCCCGUGGUCUUUUGUCUCGCAUUGAGUAUCAGAGGAUGGUAGAGCGCAGAGAAGCACUAUUAGUGAUCCAAUGGAAUGUCCGUUCAUUCAUGGGGGUCAAGAAUUGGCCCUGGAUGAAGCUGUUCUUCAAGAUCAAACCUCUGUUGAGAUCUGCUGAGACAGAAAAGGAAAUGGCCAACAUGAAGGAAGAAUUCCUGAAGCUGAAGGAGGCUUACGCAAAAUCGGAAGCUCGUAGAAAGGAACUAGAGGAGAAAAUGGUCACUCUUCUCCAAGAGAAGAACGACCUGCAUCUCCAAGUUCAAUCGGAGCAAGAUAAUCUCUGUGAUGCAGAAGAAAGAUGCGAGGGGCUGAUCAAAAAUAAAAUUCAACUGGAGGGAAAAGCCAAAGAGCUGACUGAGAGACUGGAGGAUGAGGAGGAGAUGAACGCUGAACUGACUGCUAAGAAGAGGAAGCUGGAGGAUGAGUGCUCAGAGCUGAAGAAAGACAUUGAUGACUUAGAGUUAACUCUGGCUAAAGUGGAGAAAGAGAAGCACGCCAUCGAGAACAGGGUGAAGAACCUGAUUGAAGAGAUGGCAGGUCAGGACGAAAUCAUUGCCAAGUUGACCAAGGAAAAGAAAGCCUUACAGGAAGCUCACCAGCAAACACUGGAUGAUCUGCAGAGUGAAGAAGACAAAGUCAACUCUCUGACCAAGGCCAAGGCUAAGCUGGAGCAGCAAGUGGACGAUCUUGAAGGAUCUCUUGAACAAGAGAAGAAGGUUCGAAUGGACCUUGAGAGAGCAAAGAGAAAGCUGGAGGGAGACUUAAAGUUGACCCAAGAGACUGUAAUGGAUUUAGAAAAUGACAAACAACAACUGGAGGAGCGCCUGAAAAAGAAAGACUUUGAGAUCAUCCAGCUGAAUAGCAAAAUUGAAGAUGAUCAGGCCAUGAUCCUUCAACUCCUGAAGAAGCUGAAAGAGCUGCAGGCCCGUGUAGAGGAGCUGGAGGAAGAGCUGGAGGCAGAGCGAGCUGCCCGAGCCAAGGUGGAGAAGCAGAGAGCAGACUUGUCACGAGAGUUGGAGGAGAUCAGUGAGAGGCUGGAGGAGGCUGGUGGAUCAACAUCCGCCCAGAUUGAGAUGAACAAGAAGAGGGAGGCUGAGUUCCAGAAACUCCGCAGAGACCUCGAAGAGGCCACUCUGCAGCAUGAAGCCACCGCUGCCACACUCAGGAAGAAACAAGCCGACAGUGUGGCUGAUCUGGGAGAUCAGAUCGACAACCUGCAGAGGGUCAAGCAGAAACUGGAGAAGGAGAAGAGUGAGCUCAGACUGGAACUGGAUGAUGUGGUCUCCAGUAUGGAACAAUUAGUCAAGUCUAAGACUAACUAUGAGAAGACCUGCAGAACUUUGGAGGACCAAAUGAAUGAAUUCAGGAACAGGUGUGAUGAAUCUCAGAGGUCCCUUAAUGACUUCACCACCCAGAAGGCCAAGCUUCAAUCUGAGAAUAAUGAGUUUGCAAGACAGCUGGAGGAGAAAGAAUCUCUCAUUUCUCAGCUUACCAGAGGAAAGAAUUCAUACAAUCAACAACUUGAAGAUCUAAAAAGACAACUAGAAGAGGAAGUAAAGGCCAAGAACGCUUUAGCCCAUGCAGUGCAGUCUGCUCGUCAUGACUGUGACCUGCUCAGGGAGCAAUAUGAGGAGGAGCAGGAGGCCAAGGCUGAAUUGCAGCGCGGCAUGUCCAAGGCCAACACCGAGGUGGCUCAGUGGAGAACUAAGUACGAAACUGAUGCCAUCCAGAGAACCGAGGAACUGGAGGAGGCAAAGCUGGCUCAGCGUCUGCAGGACGCUGAAGAGGCUGUUGAAGCAGUGAAUGCUAAAUGUUCGUCUCUGGAGAAGACCAAACACAGGCUGCAGAAUGAGAUUGAAGAUCUCAUGGUGGAUGUGGAGAGGUCUAAUGCUGCUGCUGCUGCUCUGGACAAGAAGCAAAGAAACUUUGACAAAGUCCUGUCCGAGUGGAAACAGAAAUAUGAGGAGUGUCAGUGUGAGUUGGAGGGCUCUCAGAAGGAAGCCAGGUCUCUGAGCACUGAGCUCUUCAAACUGAAGAACUCCUAUGAAGAAUCUCUCGACCAACUGGAGACCAUGAAGAGAGAGAACAAGAAUCUUCAGGAGGAGAUUUCUGACCUCACUGAGCAACUCGGUGAGGGAGGAAAAACCGUUCAUGAGUUGGAGAAACUCCGUAAGCAGCUGGAGCAGGAAAAGAGCGAGAUUCAGUCUGCCCUUGAGGAAGCAGAGGGUUCUCUUGAGCAUGAGGAGGGCAAAAUUCUCAGAGCUCAGCUUGAGUUCAACCAGAUUAAAGCAGACAUGGACCGUAAAAUGGCUGAGAAAGAUGAGGAGAUGGAGCAGAACAAGAGGAACCUGCAGAGGAUGAUUGACACCCUGCAGAGUUCUCUCGAGGCCGAGACUCGCAGCAGGAAUGAGGCUCUCCGUUUGAAGAAGAAGAUGGAGGGAGACCUCAAUGAGAUGGAGAUCCAGCUAAGCCAGGCCAACAGGCAGGCAGCGGAGGCUCAGAAACAACUCAAGGCUGUUCAUGCACAUCUGAAGGAUGCUCAGCUGCAGCUUGAUGACUCGCUUCGAUCCAACGAGGAUCUGAAGGAAAACAAUGCCAUCGUUGAGAGACGCAACAACCUGCUUCAGGCUGAACUGGAGGAGCUCAGGGCUGCUCUGGAGCAAACUGAGAGAGGUCGCAAACUUGCUGAGCAAGAGCUGCUGGACGUUACUGAAAGGGUGCAGCUACUGCACUCACAGAACACCAGUCUGCUGAACCAAAAGAAGAAGCUGGAAGCCGAUAUGUCCCAGCUUCAGACAGAAGUAGAGGAUGCGGUGCAGGAGUGCAGAAACACUGAAGAGAAGGCCAAGAAGGCCAUUACUGAUGCCGCCAUGAUGGCAGAGGAGCUGAAGAAAGAGCAGGACACCAGCGCUCACCUGGAGCGUAUGAAGAAGAACAUGGAGCAAACCAUCAAAGACCUGCAGCACCGUCUGGAUGAAGCUGAACAGAUCGCCUUGAAGGGGGGCAAGAAGCAGGUGCAGAAGCUCGAGGCCAGGGUGAGGGAGCUGGAAAGUGAGGUGGAAAUGGAGCAGAAGAAAAGCGGCGAAACUGUUAAGGGAAUCCGUAAAUACGAGCGCCGUAUCAAGGAACUUACCUAUCAGACUGAGGAGGACCGCAAGAAUAUUGCCCGACUCCAGGAUCUGGUAGAUAAGCUGCAGCUGAAAGUUAAAGCCUACAAGAGAUCUGCCGAGGAGUCUGAGGAACAGGCCAAUGUUCAUCUUGGCAAGUCCCGCAAGAUGCAGCACGAGCUGGACGAGGCUGAAGAGAGAGCUGACAUCGCAGAGUCUCAGGUCAACAAGCUGCGCGCCAAGAGCCGUGAUGUUGGCCCCAAGGACCAUUACACCUCAGACUCCUCGGUAGGGAUUGGUAAGGGUGAAAAAAUGGGCGACGCUGCCAUGAGAGAGUUUGGGGCAGCAGCCCCGUACCUGAGGAAGUCAGACAGGGAGCGUCUGGAGGCCCAGACCCGACCCUUCGACAUGAAGAAGGAGUGCUUCGUUCCCGACACUGAUGAGGAGUACGUGAAGGCUUCCGUCACCAGCCGUGAGGGGGACAAAGUCACUGCUGAGACAGCAAAGGGGAAGACCGUGACGGUGAAGGAGUGUGAUGUACACCCUCAGAACCCGCCAAAGUUUGAUAAAAUUGAAGACAUGGCGAUGUUCACCUUCCUCCAUGAGCCCGCUGUGCUGUUUAACCUCAAAGAGCGUUAUGCAGCAUGGAUGAUCUAUACCUACUCUGGGCUCUUCUGUGUGACGAUCAACCCCUACAAGGCGCUGCCAGUCUACAACCAAGAUGUGGUUGUUGCCUAUAGAGGAAAGAAGAGGACUGAAGCUCCUCCUCACAUCUUCUCCAUCUCUGACAAUGCCUACCAGUACAUGCUAACUGACAGAGAAAAUCAGUCAAUUCUCAUCACUGGAGAAUCUGGUGCCGGGAAAACUGUCAACACCAAGAGAGUCAUCCAGUACUUUGCCAGUAUUGCAGCUGCAGGCGGGAAGAAGGAUGUGGGCUCUGAGAAAAAGGGUACUCUGGAGGAUCAAAUCAUCCAGGCUAACCCUGCUUUGGAGGCCUUCGGUAACGCCAAGACCAUCAGGAAUGACAACUCCUCCAGAUUUGGCAAAUUCAUCCGAAUUCACUUUGCAGCCAGUGGAAAGCUGGCCUCAGCUGAUAUUGAGACAUAUCUGCUGGAGAAGUCCCGUGUCACCUUUCAGCUCAAGGCUGAGAGAGAUUACCACAUCUUCUAUCAGAUUCUGUCUCAGAAGAAACCCGAGCUGCUCGAGAUGUUGCUCAUCACCAACAACCCCUAUGACUACGCCUUCAUCUCCCAAGGAGAGACGACUGUAGCCUCCAUCAACGAUUCUGAGGAGCUGAUGGCCACUGAUAGUGCCUUCGACGUGCUGGGCUUCACUCAAGAAGAAAAGAACGGCAUUUACAAGCUGACUGGUGCCAUCAUGCAUCACGGCAACAUGAAGUUCAAGUUGAAGCAGCGUGAAGAGCAGGCAGAGGCUGAUGGCACUGAGGUUGCUGACAAAGUUUCAUAUCUGAUGGGACUGAACUCCGCCGACCUCAUCAAAGGUCUCUGUCACCCAAGAGUCAAAGUAGGAAACGAGUGGGUCACCAAGGGACAAAAUGUCCAGCAGGUGUACUAUUCUGUUGGUGCGCUGUCUAAAUCAGUGUAUGAGAAGAUGUUUCUGUGGAUGGUGAUAAGAAUCAACCAAUCCCUGGACACCAAGCAGCCUCGCCAGUACUUCAUUGGCGUACUGGACAUUGCCGGGUUUGAGAUCUUUGAUUUCAACACCUUUGAGCAGCUGUGCAUCAACUUCACCAAUGAAAAGCUGCAACAGUUUUUCAACCACCACAUGUUUGUGCUGGAGCAGGAAGAGUACAAGAAAGAGGGCAUUGAAUGGACUUUCAUAGAUUUUGGAAUGGACUUGCAGGCCUGUAUUGACCUGAUUGAAAAGCCCAUGGGUAUCAUGUCCAUCCUUGAAGAGGAGUGCAUGUUCCCCAAAGCAUCUGAUGCCACCUUUAAAGCAAAGCUCUAUGACAACCAUCUGGGGAAAUCUGGUAACUUCCAGAAGCCCAGAAUUGUCAAAGGAAGACCAGAGGCUCAUUUUGCCCUGAUGCAUUAUGCUGGAACUGUUGAUUAUAAUAUCAACAACUGGCUGGUGAAGAACAAAGAUCCCCUGAAUGAGACCGUUGUGGGACUCUACCAGAAGUCUAGUCUCAAGCUGUUAUCUUUCCUCUUUGUAAAUUACGCGGGAUCAGAUGCAGAUAGUGGAAAGGGCAAAGGAACCAAGAAGAAGGGUUCAUCCUUCCAAACUGUGUCUGCCUUGCACAGGGAGAACCUGCACAAGCUGAUGACCAACUUGAGGUCUACUCACCCUCACUUUGUACGCUGCAUCAUCCCCAAUGAGACCAAGACUCCCGGGGCCAUGGAGAACCCUCUGGUGAUGCACCAGCUGCGCUGCAACGGUGUGCUGGAAGGCAUCAGGAUCUGCAGAAAGGGCUUCCCCAACAGAAUCCUCUAUGGAGAUUUCAAACAGAGAUAUCGCAUCCUGAAUCCCGCUGCCAUCCCUGAAGGUCAGUUCAUUGACAGCAGGAAGGGAGCUGAGAAACUUCUUGGGGGUCUGGAUAUUGAUCACAACCAAUACCGGUUUGGACACACUAAGGUGUUCUUCAAGGCUGGUCUUCUUGGGACACUGGAGGAGAUGAGGGAUGACCGUUUAUCCCUCAUCAUCACUGGAAUCCAGUCAAGAGCAAGAGGACUACUGGCAAGAUUGGAAUUCAGCAAGAUUGUUGACAGGAGAGAUGCACUAUUGGUGAUCCAGUGGAACAUCCGUGCCUUCAUGGGGGUCAAGAAUUGGCCCUGGAUGAAGCUGUUCUUCAAGAUCAAACCUCUGUUGAGAUCUGCUGAGGCAGAAAAGGAGAUGGCCAACAUGAAGGAAGAAUUCCUGAAGCUGAAGGAGGCUUACGCAAAAUCUGAAGCUCGUAGAAAGGAACUAGAGGAGAAAAUGGUUACUCUUCUUCAAGAGAAGAACGACCUGCAGCUCCAUGUCCAGGCUGAGCAAGAUAAUCUUCUAGAUGCUGAGGAAAGAUGUGAGGGGCUGAUCAAAAACAAAAUUCAGAUGGAAGCGAAAGCCAAAGAGCUGACUGAGAGACUGGAGGAUGAGGAGGAGAUGAAUGCUGAACUGACUGCUAAGAAGAGGAAGUUGGAGGAUGAGUGCUCUGAGCUGAAGAAAGACAUCGAUGACUUAGAGUUAACUCUGGCUAAAGUGGAGAAAGAGAAGCAUGCCACUGAGAACAAGGUGAAGAACCUGGUUGAAGAGAUGGCUGCUUUGGACGAUAUCAUUGCCAAGUUGACCAAGGAAAAGAAAGCCUUACAGGAAGCUCACCAGCAAACACUGGAUGAUCUGCAGAGUGAAGAAGACAAAGUCAACUCUCUGACCAAGGCCAAGGCUAAGCUGGAGCAGCAAGUGGAUGAUCUUGAAGGUUCUCUGGAACAAGAGAAGAAGAUUCGGAUGGAUCUUGAGAGAGCUAAGAGGAAACUAGAGGGAGACUUGAAAUUAACCCAGGAGAGCCUAAUGGACCUGGAGAACGACAAGCAGCAACUUGAAGAGCAUCUGAAAAAGAAAGAUUUUGAAGUCAGUCAGCUCAACAGUAAAAUAGAAGAUGAGCAGGCCAUAACAAUUCAGCUUCAAAAGAAACUGAAGGAGCUCCAGGCCCGCAUUGAAGAGCUGGAGGAAGAGCUGGAGGCCGAGCGAGCUGCCCGAGCCAAGGUGGAGAAGCAGAGAGCAGACUUGGCCAGAGAGCUGGAGGAGAUCAGCGAGAGGCUGGAGGAGGCUGGUGGAGCAACAUCCGCCCAGAUUGAGAUGAACAAGAAGAGGGAGGCCGAGUUCCAGAAACUCCGCAGAGACCUCGAAGAGGCCACUCUGCAGCAUGAAGCCACCGCUGCCACACUCAGGAAGAAACAAGCCGACAGUGUAGCUGAUCUGGGAGAGCAGAUCGACAACCUGCAGAGAGUCAAGGCUAAACUGGAGAAGGAGAAGAGUGAGCUCAGACUGGAGCUGGACGAUGUGGUCUCCAAUAUGGAACAUAUUGUGAAGACGAAGACAAAUCUAGAGAAGACGUGCAGGACUCUGGAAGAUCAGAUGAAUGAAUACAAGACCAAAUCUGAAGAGGCUCAACGCUGCAUCAACGACUUCAAUAUGCAAAAAGCAAGACUUCAAACAGAAAAUGGUGAGCUCACAAGGCAGCUGGAGGAGAAGGAGUCUCUGGUGUCUCAAUUGACGAGAGGAAAAAUGUCCUACACGCAACAGGUUGAAGACCUAAAGCGACAACUGGAAGAGGAGACCAAGGCAAAGAGUGCUCUGGCUCAUGCAGUGCAGUCUGCUCGCCAUGACUGUGACCUGCUCAGGGAGCAGUAUGAGGAGGAGCAGGAGGCCAAGGCUGAAUUGCAGCGCGGCAUGUCCAAGGCCAACACCGAGGUGGCUCAGUGGAGAACGAAGUACGAAACGGAUGCCAUCCAGAGAACCGAGGAACUGGAGGAGGCAAAGAAAAAGCUGGCCCAGCGUCUGCAGGACGCUGAGGAGACCGUUGAAGCAGUGAAUGCUAAAUGUUCAUCUCUGGAGAAGACCAAACACAGGCUGCAGAAUGAGAUUGAAGAUCUCAUGGUGGAUGUGGAGAGGUCUAAUGCUGCUGCUGCCGCUCUGGACAAGAAGCAAAGAAACUUUGACAAGGUCCUGUCUGAGUGGAAGCAGAAGUACGAAGAGUCUCAGUGUGAGCUGGAGAGCUCCCAAAAGGAGGCCAGGGCUCUGAGCACUGAGCUCUUCAAACUGAAGAACUCUUAUGAGGAGUCUCUGGAUCAUCUGGAGACCAUGAAGAGAGAGAACAAGAACUUACAGGAGGAGAUUUCUGACCUCACUGAGCAACUUGGUGAGAGCGGAAAGAGCAUCCAUGAACUGGAGAAAUUACGGAAACAACUGGAACAGGAGAAAAGUGAGAUCCAGUCUGCUCUUGAGGAAGCUGAGGCCUCCCUGGAGCAUGAAGAGGGUAAGAUUCUAAGAGCCCAGCUGGAGUUCAAUCAAAUUAAAGCCGAUAUUGAACGCAAGCUAGCUGAGAAAGAUGAGGAGAUGGAGCAGUCCAAGAGGAACCUGCAGAGGACGAUUGACACCCUGCAGAGCUCUCUUGAGGCCGAGUGUCGCAGCAGGAAUGAGGCUCUCCGUUUGAAGAAGAAGAUGGAGGGAGACCUCAAUGAGAUGGAGAUCCAGCUAAGCCAGGCCAACAGGCAGGCAGCGGAGGCUCAGAAACAACUCAAGGCUGUUCAUGCACAUCUGAAGGAUUGCCAAAUUCAGCUGGAUGAGUCUGUUCGGGCCAAUGAUGAUCUUAAAGAGAACAUGGCCAUCGUUGAGAGACGCAACAACCUGCUUCAGGCCGAACUGGAAGAACUCAGGGCUGCUCUGGAGCAAACUGAGAGAAGUCGCAGACUUGCUGAGCAAGAGCUGCUGGACGUUAGUGAAAGGGUGCAGCUACUGCACUCACAGAACACUGGCCUGAUAAACCAGAAGAAGAAACUUGAGAUUGACGCUUCCCAGCUUCAAACCGAAGUGGAGGAAGCAGUGCAGGAGUGCAGAAAUGCUGAAGAGAAGGCCAAGAAGGCCAUUACUGAUGCCGCCAUGAUGGCAGAGGAGCUGAAGAAAGAGCAGGACACCAGCGCUCACCUGGAGCGUAUGAAGAAGAACAUGGAGCAAACCAUCAAAGACCUGCAGCACCGUCUGGAUGAAGCUGAACAGAUCGCCUUGAAGGGGGGCAAGAAGCAGGUGCAGAAGCUCGAGGCCAGGGUGAGGGAGCUGGAGAAUGAGGUGGAGUUGGAGCAGAAGAAGAGCAGCGAAGCAGUGAAGGGAAUCCGUAAAUAUGAGAGACGUAUCAAAGAGCUCACAUACCAGACUGAGGAAGACCGCAAGAAUAUGGUGCGUCUGCAGGACCUGGUCGACAAACUGCAGCUGAAAGUCAAAGCCUAUAAGAGAUCUUCUGAGGAGUCUGAAGAGCAGGCCAACACACAUCUGGGCAAGUUCCGUAAACUGCAGCACGAGCUGGACGAGGCCGAAGAACGAGCCGACAUCGCCGAGUCUCAGGUCAACAAGCUGCGUGCCAAGAGCCGUGAUGUGGGCUCAAAGAAAGGGCUAGAUGAGGAGUGAAACUCACAGACGGCCACCUAAGACCUUUGGGAUCUCCUGUGAUGUGUAGUCCCCCUUUGUCUGCAACGUAACUCUGUAGAAUAAAGAAAUGUGCAUUCAA